GUUGUUUCUGAUGGCGUCUCUUAUUCUGGCGGCUCUCAUGAUCAUUGCCUUCCUGUGCGUGUACCUGGUGGCCAGAUUCGGGACAGCAAUACAAGCCAUUCUCAUGAAUAUUGCCCGUUUGGUUAGACCACUGGGACCCGAAGAUUACAAGAUUGGCGUGUUUAUUGGUUAUGCUGACGACGAUUAUUCUUUUGUCAGACACGUUUUGAUGACGUACCUGGAAGAGCGCUGUCAGAUGGUGACUUUCGUCCAUCAGAGAGAUCUAGGGCAGGGCUACAAGGUCAAGCAGUUUGAUCAGGCCAUCACCAACAGCUGGCGUGUGCUCCUGGUCUUGUCCAGAUCGUUCCUUCAGGAUUAUGACAUGUCGCAGAUUGUUAUGAUGUUCGCCAGCCAUUCGGUGACCGCCAUGAACCGGAAGCGAGUGAUUGCGCUUGUCGAGAAAGGUCAGGUACACGCUAUACCCAGUGACCUCUACGGCGUGUUGGAUGAGAGCAGCAUUAUCUUCUUCGACGACUUCCACAACCAGCUCAACUACGAACAACGCCAUCGCAUCAAACAUUGUCUUAGACCAUCUUAG